UGACACAGACCGAGGAGGUGACACUGACCGGGGCGGUGACAGUGGCGGUGACACCGGCAGGGCGGUGACAUUGACCGGGGCGGUGACAGUGGCGGUGACACCGGCAGGGCGGUGACACUGACCGGGGCGGUGACAGUGGCGGUGACACUGACCGGGGCGGUGACAGUGGCGGUGACACCGGCAGGGCGGUGACACUGGCGGGCAGCGGCCUGAGCGCUGCCGAGUGACCGGGACACCGAGCGUUUGGUGGGAGGGACCUUUCCCGUCCCUGGUCCAAGCGCGGCCGCUCUCCCCGCGUCGGUCGCGCAGGGCCGGUCCGUCCCGGCCUUGGCGCUGCUGCAGGUGUCCGGGCUAAACCUCUUCGAGUUUGAAACCGCCCCUUGUCCUGUCGCUGCAGCCUUGGCAACAAGUCUGUCUUCUAAGCCCGCUUUAGGUAUUGAAAGGCCGCACUAAGGUCUCCCCGGAGCUUCUGUUCUCAGCUGAACAGCCCAGCUCUCUCACCCGUCCCCAGCAGAGCUGUUCCAGCCUCGGGUCACUCCUGGGGCUGCUCUGGCCCCUCUCCAGCAGGUCCCUGUGUGUCCUGUGCUGGGGACCCAGAGCUGGACCCGCACUGCAGGGGGUCUCAGCAGAGCAGGUAGACAGACAGAUCCCCCAAACCUGCCGGUCACUCCUGGUGACGCAGCCCGGAAUACAGGUGAUUUCUGGGCUGCAGCCGCAGGUUGCCGGCUCCGGUGUGUUUUUGUUUACCAGUGUCUCCUGUCGUUCUACUCAAGCCCCCUCUCAAUCCAUUCAUCUCCUCAUCUGUAUCGAUACUGGGAAUUGCCCAAGCCCAGGUGCAGGACGUUGCACGUGGCUUUUUUUCACUUGAUGGAGUUCAUCAAGACUUCAUUAAGUCUGAGCCACACAAUCCCCUCUCCUCGCACCCGUCCCCGCUGCGUGCUAGCACAUACAUUCAAACGCAUUCGCACCGCCGCUGCUGCCGUGACCUCGCAGUCCGGCCACAGGAAUGGCCAUGGGCUAUAUACUGAGUUUGCAAGGCUUGCCAGGCCCGCUCGGAGAGUUUCACAACCUGCCUGCAGCGUCGUUUCACUUGGUUUGAAUCAAAGAGAGCCGUUUCUCUAAUUAUCAGCUGUCUACGCCCAAUUCAUCGUUAUUUAUCCUUGUGUGGUACAACCACGGUUUAAUAUAGGUGGUAUUAGCAAGCAGUUAUUCUAGGUAGAAUGAGAUAUUUACAACUCUAACACAAUGACAUAGAGAAAUACGGGCCUGGCAAAACAGCUGAGGCCUUGAGAAGCGGAGGCGGUGGAUUUCGCACAGAGCAGAACAGACGUGGGACAGUAAGAGACGCGGCACGGGCGCCGUGCAGACACCCCGUGCUGCGAACAGCUGACAGUCAGUUAACAAAGUGCAGACUCAGAGGAAGCCAAACCUGCUUUUAGGGAUAAUAAAGUAAGUUUAUCUAAGAUAUGACACCCCCGCAUGACACCCCUGCCAUGACAUCCCUGCAUGACACCCUGCCAUGACACCCCUGCCAUGACACCCUGCCAUGACACCCCUGCAUGACACCCUGCCAUGACAUCCCUGCCAUGACACCCUGCCAUGACACCCUGCCAUGACACCCCUGCAUGACACCCUGCCAUGACAUCCCUGCCAUGACACCCCUGCAUGACACCCCUGCCAUGACACCCCUGCAUGACACCCUGCCAUGACACCCUGCCAUGACACCCCUGCAUGACACCCUGCCAUGACAUCCCUGCCAUGACACCCCUGCAUGACACCCCUGCCAUGACACCCCUGCAUGACACCCCCGCAUGACACCCUGCCAUGACACCCUGCCAUGACACCCCUGCAUGACACCCUGCCAUGACACUCCUGCAUGACACCCGUGUGUGACACCCCUGCAUGACACCCCUGUGUGACACCCCUGCAUGACACCCCUGCCAUGACACCCCUGCAUGACACCCCUGCAUGACACCCCUGCAUGACACCCUGCCAUGACACCCUGCCAUGACACCCCUGAAUGACACCCCUGCCAUGACACCCUGCCAUGACACCCUGCCAUGACACCCCUGCCAUGACACCCCUGCAUGACACCCCUGCCAUGACACCCUGCCAUGACACCCGCGCCACGGACAGCAGUGAACCACAGAUCCUCACAUCCCGAGGAGCAGCGGUCAGGUGAGCGUGACACCAGAAAACACACACAAUCUAAGUGUGUGUAUUGCAUUUUCAGUUGUAUUAUUGCUAUUGGGAAAUUUUCCCCUUGUAUAUAAAUGCUUGACCUACAUUAUUUUUCUUUGCUCUUCUGUAAUUGGAUCUAGACGAAUGGUGACUCUUGGACUAGAUGGUUAAAAUUUCUGUUAUACUAAGAAUAAAUUAUUGGGUUUAGACAGAAGUGUAAAGUGGUGUGGUUAAUGCUCUAGGGGGAAGGGAUGCCAUCCAUAGGGACCUGGACAGGCUAGAGAGGUGAGUCCACGCAGAGCUCGUGAAGUUCAACGAGGUCAAGUGCAAGGUCCUGUGCAUGGGUUGGUGCGAUCCCAGACUCGGAUACAGGCUGGGUGAUGAGUGGCUUGAGAGCAGCCCUGCGGAGAAGGACUUGGGGUAUUGGUGGGUGAAAACCUGAAUAUGGCUGGCAACGCGAGCUUACAGCCCAGAAAGCCAAGCGCAUCCCGGGCUGCACGACGGCGGCGUGGCCAGCAGGCCGAGGGAGGGGGUGCUGCCCUCCGCUCCGCCGUGAGACCUCGCCUGGAGCCCUGCGUGCAGCUCGUGGGCCCGGCAUGAGAACGCUCAGACCUGCAGGAGCGUGUCCAGGGCCACGGGAACGGCCAGCGGCCGCAGCACUGCCCUGCAGAGCCGGGGUGUGCAGCUGGGGAAGAGGAGCCCCCGGGGACCUCGGAGCGGCCGCUGGUACCUAAGGGGACCUACGAGAAGACAGUAGAGGGACGUUUUGCAAGGGCAGGGAGUGACAGGACGAGGGGCAAUGGCUUUAAAGGGAAAGAGGGCGAUUCGGCUCCGGGCUAGGGAAGAAGUUGCUCCCCUGGGGGCGGUCGGCCCUGGCCCAGGCUGCCCAGCGCAGCUGUGGGUGCCCCGUCCCUGCAGUGCUCAGCGCCGGGCUGGACGGGCUCUGAGCAGCCGGGGCUGCUGGAAGGUGUCCCUGCCCGUGUGGGGGUGCGACCGGAUGAGCUGUGAGGUCCCUUCCAACCCAAACUGCGCUAAGAUUUUGAACAUAACACUGAGUUCUUAGUUUAAAAUGUCUAGUGAUGGUGUUUAACAGAGGUAGAAAUCCUAUAUGUCCUUUACAUACUGUCCUUCUUAUGUGGAUUAACGGUGAUAAUUUUCAAGGGUCAGUUAUGCUAGCAUCUCACUGCAUUUCAGUAACACAAACAAUUUUUUAAUUGCCUUAAUGUUCAUCUGCAGCUUCAGUAUAGGCAGCUGGAACACUUGUGUGACAUAGUCUGGUUGCAUUGAUUUACUGUGAAGUGAAGAGAGUGAGAAAGUGAAGUUGAGGCAGUACUACUUAUAUUGUUAUAUGAUGCUGGUCACAAAAGAUAAGUAUAUGGACUGUUUAGCAUUGUUCAUUGUUUCAGGAUAUAAAAUUACUUCUCUUUGUUUUAUUAUAAAGUUUAUGGGUUCGGAUUUUUCUUUUUCAAUUAUGCUAAAAAAUAAGCUAUUACCGUAUUUUAACAGAUUCGAGUCUCUGAGGAUAAGACACUGGAACGACAUCCGUUCCUAAGCACAGACGGUGGUUUGCUCUGAUUCCUGCUCCUCGGUGCUGCCGUUGGGAUUUGCCAGGUCUGGUGACCUGACCCCAGCCGCGCGCCGCUCGCUGGCCGGGCUGGCUGGGUGUCCGCGAGUGGGCACGUGCUGACACACACACUGUCAGUCCGGGUUCAGCACCCAGCACGUGCAGGAUGUGCGAUUCGUGGUCUGACACCGGCUGCUGGCGCUUAGAUCCUCGCUGGUUCCAGUUGCCGGCUUCUGUGACCCGUGCUCCCCACUCCACUCGUGGGCACUUAGAGCCCCGUGCACGCACACAGAACAGAGCUGCACGGCCAGGGAAACAGUUAGAAAUGUCAGCAGACAGGCAAUGCCGUGCUGACGAGGCACCGGGCACGGCCGGGUACUCAUCCUGACCAGAAACCGUUCUACAUGCAACGAGCCCCUUGUAUCACCUUUCCCUCCAUUUUCCAUGCUUGUUCAUCCCCAAACCACCCAGACCCAUCCCUUUCCCCACCUUUGGUUCCUCCCCCAAGCAUCCCAUUGUAGGUCUCAUGCAAUCCUCAAAGGCUCUUCCCCUGCCCCCACAUGUUCCGUGUCCCCCAGGCAGCACCCUCGCUCUGUAAGUCUCUGACGACCUCUCCCAUCGACUCGUUGUCGUGGGUGCCACCUCCAGGCCCGUGGGGCUGAUGGCUCCCCUGUAACAGCCUUAGCAGCAGGACAGGGGCUUCGUUUCUGUUACUGGGUUAUCGGGGUUCCCCACCCUGUGGUUGUCUCCUUUUGCUCCUCCCUGUUUGUGCAGAUGAGCCAUUUACGGGUUCAUUGCACGCAUGUGGUAGUUCUGGGAUUAGCCAGGUCAGGGGAUUAUUUGGUUUCCCCAUCCACCACUGUUCCUCCGUGCCCGUUUUUGAGUGUGGAGAUGAGCUUUCCCCCGCGUAGCAAAACACCGAUGAUGGGCUACUUCUGUAAGCCCAUUCGCUGUGCGCUGGUCCUAUACCCUAAGUUAACCAGCACUUCUGUUUGAGGAAACAGACUCUCAAAUCCAGUUAGAGGAGCAGGUCUUCACUUCAAAUCCCACAUCUUAUACCUUUUCCUCUUAUCUUCAUGUAUAAUUAUAUCCAAGUUAAAAAUAGGGAAGUGUACCGAACCAGCAUAGCUCCCGAUGCUGGUAUCUGAUUAACCUUCUCACCCUUGCUGAACUGGCUCCUGAAAUAGCAGUGAUUAUCUUGCACCUCCUUUCCAUUCUAAGAUGGCUAUCUGGUUGAAACUUUCAGGUUUGUAAAUCAUCCUCUAAGCAGAUUAUCAUCUGUAAUUGGCUUGUGGAAAUCUAGAUCUCUCACUUAUCUGACAGUAAUGCUGAGCUCGGGCAGGAGCAGAUGGGCAGAGCCGUCAGAGAAACAGCAGGAAGAGCAUCGCUCCCGAGCACCUUUCUCCUGACCGCACGUACGCAUGGGGAACAACAGCAGCUCCACGGUGGACGACCUGCAGGCUGUUGAGAUCCACCACUGGUACAAGAAGUUCAUGACAGAGUGUCCUUCUGGACAGCUGACGGAGCACGAAUUCAAACAGUUCUUCGGGCUGCGAGGGCUGGACCCGGAGGCCAAUGAGUACAUUGAGCAGAUGUUCCGCACGUUCGAUAUGAACAAGGACGGAUACAUCGACUUCAUGGAAUACGUGGCCGCCCUCAGCCUCGUUCUCCGGGGGAAGAUGGAGCAGAAGUUGCGGUGGUAUUUCAAGCUCUAUGAUGUAGAUGGCAACGGCUGCAUUGAUCGACAUGAAUUGCUCAACAUCAUCAAGGCUAUUCGAGCUAUUAAUGGUGGCGACCAUGAAACCAGUGCAGAAGAGUUCACCAACAGAGUCUUCAACAAGAUUGAUGUGAAUGGGGAUGGUGAGCUUUCUCUGGACGAGUUUGUGGAGGGCGCAAGGAAAGACGAGGAGUUCAUGGAGGUUAUGAUGAAAAGCUUGGACCUGUCGCACAUCGUGGCCAUGAUCAACAACCGCCGCCAUAGUGUAUAAAUCGGGCUGGGAGACGCUGUGCCAACGGACAGAAGGGUGCGCACACCAGAGAGGGGAGACAGCAUUUUAGAAACCAAUCAGAAUUUCCAUAAACACACAUAUGGAAGUGGGAAAGAGAGACGCUGCUAUCUUUGUGUAUCCAAGUGCAUCUGUACCGAUACUGAAGCUCAGCCACAAAGUGCAGGGCAGGUUCAGACAAAACGGAUCUUGGGUGGCAGUACUUGCCUUGACUUCCUAAAAUUUAAAGGCCUAGUUUCAGGGCAGAAAUUUCCUUAUUCUGUGUCCUGGAUUGUCACUUUGCGAUGGACUAAAGGUAAUGCUAAGUUUUUGAAGAGCACUAGCAAAAUGGGAUGAUUGGGCGCGAAUGAUUUCUGACAUGUCCGAAAGAAGAGCUUCAAACUGUUAUCAAGGUAGAGAACUGUGGAAAGAACGUAACUUCCCUGUUCUUGUAAUGAUAUCAGAUCACGAACACCAGCGUAUUUGUCCAUGCCAGGUGUGUUUGGAUUUGGUAGUCUCUACAGAAGCAGCUUUAUUCAUAAGAUCUCAAGAGCUGGAAGAAAACCAGUGUUUAAGGCUGGCAGUGACACAUCUGUUCCCAGUGGCACGGUCAGUAAUGCUGCUGUUUGCAGCUGUGGGUGACCAAAGAACUCCCUACCGAGCAAAUCAAUAGGUGAGGAGCAGCUUCUGUAACUAGAGACUAUACGCUACUCGGUUUCCCAAAGCCUAAGAAUUACCUGAGAAAUCAAAUCCUUUUUACACUCAUUGUCCUACUACUCUCCUCUCAUACAACUGAAUAAAUGAAGCACGUGAAGAUGAUCCUAAUAUUGUUGCUUCACACAUCCUUUUUUGUUCUUUCUUUUUGUUCUUGGGGAGAAAACCUAAAAAGUAAAAGAGAGAAUGCAGUAAGGUGACGUGUGAAUUCUGCUGUUCCUGUGGACACCGGAGUUGUUGACACUGCCACAAAUGACACACAAUGGGAAGAGUGACGUAGCAUGGACAGAAACUGAGAGCAAAGCGUCUUGUUCGCUGAUGUUAGGUAAGGUCACGGUUAGAAGCUCCUUUGGAUCUAGAGAGAGAAGCAGAAGGUGAAGAAUGCAGAAGCUCAGCAGAGCGCCCGUGCCGCGGUUGGACGUGUUCUUCCUGUGCAGGGGGAAGAACUUGCAGACCUGUAACAGAAGAUUCAGACUGGACUUGCUCUUGCUUAUAUUUAAGCUUCUGUGAUGUAUGUAUGUAUAUUGAACAAAGUGUCUGGGCUUUCAUCUAAGUCAAGGGAGGUUUAGUCAGGACUGUCACUGGAGCUUGGGAAAGCGAGUGACCACGUUUAGAUUGGGCACCAGCACUUUGCCAGGCGGGCUCAUGCUCCAGGUCCCACUGACACGCACACGUCCGCAGUCGCGGAGCUUCUGAGCGGACGCGUAACCUGGGCAUCGCGGACACGUAACCUGGGCAUUGCGUACGUGUAACCGGGGCAUCGCGGACACGUAACCUGGGCAUUGCGUACAUGUAACCUGGGCAUUGCGUACAUGUAACCUGGGCAUCGCGGACACGUAACCUGGGCAUCACGGGUGUGUAACCGGGGCAUCGCGGACGUGUAACCUGGGCAUCACGGACACGUAACCUGGGCAUUGCGUACGUGUAACCGGGGCAUCGCGGACGUGUAACCUGGGCGUCGCGGACACGUAACCUGGGCAUUGCGUACGUGUAACCGGGGCAUCGCGGACGUGUAACCUGGGCAUCACGGGUGUGUAACCUGGGCAUCACGGACACGUAACCUGGGCAUCGUGGACGUGUAACCUGGGCAUCGCGGACACGUAACCUGGGCAUUGCGUACGUGUAACCUGGGCAUCACGGACGCGUAACCUGGGCAUCGCGGAAGCGUAACCGGGGCAUCGCAGACGCGUAACCUGGGCAUCGCGGACACGUAACCUGGGCAUCGCGGAAGCGUAACCUGGGCAUCGCGGACGCGUAACCUGGGCAUCACGGACGCGUAACCUGGGCAUCGCGGAUGUGUAACCUGGGCAUCGUGGACGUGUAACCUGGGCAUCACGGACACGUAACCUGGGCAUCGCGGACGUGUAACCUGGGCAUCACGGACACGUAACCUGGGCAUCGCGGAAGCGUAACCUGGGCAUCGCGGACGUGUAACCUGGGCAUCGCGGAUGUGUAACCUGGGCAUCACGGAUGUUUAACCUGGGCAUCGCGGACGUGUAACCUGGGCAUCACGGACGUGUAACCUGGGCAUCGCGGACGUGUAACCUGGGCAUCGCGGACGUGUAACCUGGGCAUCGCGGACGCGGCCGAGUUCUCCAGAGGAGUUCCGAGCACGUGCUGCUGGGCUCCGCUGCCCCCGGGCUGGAGACCGCAGAGGUUGCUUGUUCAAGGCUGCUGAACCUGUCCUGUACCUGUUAUCAUACAAGUCCUCGGCCUCCUGUGGUUUCGUGGGUCAGUUACAUGUACAACUACAUUUUUAUCAUCAUCAGCUGACAUACAAAAAUAACCCCUAUUUUUAUUUCUUAGGAAAGUAAAGAAUUUUUGUAAGUGCAGCUGAUGU